AUGCGCCAGUUUGACCACCCCCACAUCGUGAAGCUGGUCGGUGUCAUCACGGAGAACCCCGUCUGGAUAAUCAUGGAGCUGUGCACGCUUGGAGAGGUCUGGCCUGGGACACAGCAAGGUGUGGGGCCGCAGGUGCAUCGGCCAGGCUACGUGCCGGGCUCGCUCGAGGAGUUUGUAGGUUUGUUUCCUUAUAUUAAAAUCCAUUACCCGGAAUUCUUCCUCUUCAGGGACAUUGCUGCUCGGAAUGUUCUGGUGUCCUCAAACGACUGCGUAAAAUUAGGAGACUUUGGAUUAUCCCGGUAUAUGGAAGACAGUACUUACUACAAAGCUUCCAAAGGAAAGUUGCCUAUUAAAUGGAUGGCUCCAGAGUCCAUCAACUUUCGACGUUUUACCUCAGCCAGUGACGUGUGGAUGUUUGGUGUGUGUAUGUGGGAGAUACUGAUGCAUGGUGUGAAGCCGUUUCAAGGAGUGAAGAACAAUGAUGUGAUCGGUCGCAUCGAGAACGGGGAGAGAUUACCAAUGCCUCCAAAUUGCCCUCCCACCCUCUACAGCCUUAUGACGAAAUGCUGGGCCUAUGACCCCAGCAGGCGGCCCCGGUUCACUGAGCUCAAAGCUCAGCUCAGCACCAUCCUGGAGGAGGAGAAGGUUCAGCAAGAAGAACGAAUGAGGAUGGAAUCCCGAAGACAGGUCACAGUGUCCUGGGACUCCGGAGGGUCCGACGAAGCGCCACCCAAGCCCAGCAGACCUGGUUACCCCAGUCCACGGUCCAGCGAAGGAUUUUAUCCCAGUCCCCAGCACAUGGUACAGACCAAUCAUUACCAGGUGUCUGGCUAUCCCGGCUCACAUGGGGUCACAGCCACGGCUGGCAGCAUCUACCCGGGUCAGGCAUCUCUUUUGGAACAGACGGACUCAUGGAACCACAGACCACAGGAGAUAUCGAUGUGGCAGCCCAACGUGGAGGACUCUGCGGCCCUGGACCUGCGCGGGAUGGGGCAGGUGCUGCCCACCCAGCUGGUGGAAGAGCGGCUGAUCCGGCAGCAGCAGGAAAUGGAGGAGGACCAGCGCUGGCUCGAGAAAGAGGAGAGAUUCCUGAAACCUGACGUGCGGCUCUCUCGAGGCAGCAUCGACAGGGAGGACGGGAGUCUUCAGGGCCCGACGGGAAACCAACACAUCUAUCAGCCUGUGGGUAAACCAGAUCCCGCAGCUCCGCCAAAGAAACCGCCGCGGCCUGGAGCCCCCGGUCACCUGGGCAGCCUCGCCAGCCUCAGCAGCCCCGGGGACAGUUACAACGAGGGCGUCAAGCCAUGGAGGCUUCAGCCCCAGGAAAUCAGCCCCCCGCCCACUGCCAACCUGGACCGGUCCAACGACAGGGUGUACGAGAACGUGACGGGCCUGGUGAAGGCUGUCAUCGAAAUGUCCAGCAAGAUCCAGCCAGCCCCCCCGGAGGAGUACGUUCCCAUGGUGAAGGAAGUCGGCCUGGCCCUGCGGACAUUACUGGCCACCGUGGACGAGACCCUUCCGGUCCUGCCAGCCAGCACUCACCGAGAGAUCGAGAUGGCCCAGAAGCUGUUGAACUCCGACCUGGGUGAGCUCAUCAACAAGAUGAAGCUGGCCCAGCGGUGCGCCAUGACCAGCCUACAGCAGGACCACAAGAAGCAGAUGCUGACCGCCGCCCACGCCCUGGCCGUGGACGCCAAGAACUUACUCGACGUCAUCGACCAGGCCAGACUGAGGGCACUCGGACACGCGAGGCCGCGCUGA